AUGCCCCCCUGCUUUCAACAAGCUGCUCAGCUUGUCCACGAAUUUCCCUACUCCUCCCGGGUCGUGAUAAUCAUCACCUCUCCGCUCCAACGCGCUAUUCAAACCGCCCUCGCUGCAUUUCCGCAUGUGUUGGAUAAACGCUACUUCUGUCCUCACUCGGGGCAAGGCAUUGAGAAUGGCUCAUUGCUCGUUAUAGACCCAGAACUACAAGAACGGAGUGCCUUCCCGUGUGACACCGGUUCCUCUCGUAAGGUUCUAGAGGAGGCCUUCCGUAUAGAUUUCAGUGCUUUGGCGGAGAACUGGCAUAUAAAGGAGGGUCUGUACUCCCCAGAUGACGAUGCUGUGAAAGAGCGGGCAAACUGCGUGAGAUCUCGUGUUGCUGAAGUAGUGCACAAUUUGAAGGACAAGGAAAAGAGACAAGUUGUUGUCGCUCUACAUUUGUGCUAG